AUGGGCACAGAUUUGCCUUCUGGACAGAGAAAGCGUCCCCUCUUCUUCAGGGAUCUCUACAGCCUGUCUUCAGGGUUCCAAAGGCAACCCCCUCUAUAUCUUACUAAACUUCAAUCAGACAGAAUCAGAGACCUUGGUUCUCCAGACUCCUUCAGAAGACGGCCACAUUUUAAAUGGCUUAACAGUGUCUGGACAUGGAGCAGGUUCUGUGCAGAAUUCAGGAGAGAGUAUUACAACAUGUACACCAUUGAGAUCUGCCAUGGGUAUGGGGAGCAGUUCAAACAAUCCCCACGAGAGAGCAGUGCAGCAUUGGAUCCAUUGUGGAACCAGAAUCCGCCUGGGCGCCCAGCCUAUGGGACGGAGAAGCUCCAACCCAGCAACUACUCACUGGUGUUAAUUAUUCAGCUCAGCCUGCUCUCCUUGGACUUGUUUGUCAACUCAUUCAGCGAGCUCCUGAGAGAUGAACAAGCAGUCCAACUAGUUCUUUUUGUCAUUCAGGACAUUGCCAUCUUGUUCAACCUUAUCAUCAUUCUCUUGAUGCUGUUUAACACCUACGUGUUCCAGGUCGGUCUGGUAGCCAUAUUGUUGGAGAGAUUUAGAGCCUUGCUAAUGCUCUCUGCACUCUAUUUGACCUUCAGUGUAAUACUCCAUUCUUGGCUCACGAAUCUGCGAUGGCUAAAUACCAACCGAUUUAUUUGGACAGAUGGCCUUCAGGUGAUGUUUGUUUUCCAAAGAGUUGCAUCUGUGUUGUACUACUACUUCUACAAGAGGACCUCAGAGUAUUUGGGGGACCCUCGCCUCUAUGAGGAUUCACCAUGGCUGCGAGAGGUCUUUGCACAGACCAGGCAGUAA